AUGUCUUUACCAAGGAACUCUUUCAUGAAUGUUCUUAGUAUGAAGGGAGGAGAUGGAGAACACAGCUAUUCUACCAAUUCUGAUAAUCAGAGAAAUGUUAUCUUUAAAACACGACCGGUGGUGGAAGAGAAUAUCAAAGAAAUGUUACUUGAGUUAAAUUUUCCAGAGUGCAUCAAAGUGUCAGAUUUAGGAUGUUCUUCAGGAGAAAACACGUUUUUGGUCAUGUUCCAAAUCGUCAACACGAUCACAGGUUCAUACCAACAAACAAAUCAAAACCUACCAGAAAUUGAUUAUUGCCUAAACGAUCUUCCAGAAAACGAUUUCAAUACAAAUUUCAAGAUGGUCCCUCCCUUUAAUAAAGAGGUUAAAGGGAAGUGUUACAUAUCUGGAGUCCCAGGCUCUUUCUACUCAAGACUCUUUCCAGAAAAAUCUCUUCAUUUUCUUCAUUCAUCUUAUAGUCUUAUGUGGCUUUCUAAGGUUCCUCAAGGGCUUGAAGCUAACAAGAAUAAUGUAUACAUUAGAAGUGGAUGUUCUCUAAGUGUGUGCCAGAGUUAUAUGAAUCAGUUCCAAAAUGAUUUCAACUUGUUCUUAAGAAUGCGUUCUGAAGAGAUGUUGCCUAAUGGACGCAUGGUUCUCACGUUCAUAGGAAAAAAGGAUGUAGAUCCUUUAUGCAGAGACGGUUUCUACCUUUGGUCUUUGCUCUCUGAUGCAUUCAUCGACCUAGUUUCCGAGGGUGUCGUGAAACAAUCAGAAGUGGACUCAUUCAACCUACCGUUCUACAAUCCGAACGAAGGAGAGGUCGUAAAGAGUGUCCGAAAUGAAGGCUCCUUUGAGAUUAACAAGAUAGAGACACAUGAGCAUGUUGUUUCGGACAAAACUGAUGAAGAAGAAGAUGGAGUCAAAGUUGGGAGAAAGAUUGCAAAUAGAGCAAGAUCCAUCACUGAACCAAUGCUUAUUGCUCAUUUUGGUGAUACCAUUAUCAUUGACCACCUCUUCAACAAAUUUGCACACCAUGCAACCCAAAACUAUAGCGCUUCCGGCCCAACAACGUUCAUCAUCAUCGUGUCCUUGAUCAAAAAAUAA